GCGACGGGGGAGGGGGUGUUUGGGCAUCAUGGAAACGUCAGCAAGGGGACUCGGUGGGCCGAACAGGAAGUCGGCAGCGCACGUGUCGACGCGCGGGGAAGCCUUCGGCUGCCCCGUUCCUGCUUCCGUUUCCCAGUUGGAGCCAUGAGUCGCCCUGUGACUUGUGUUGCCUGGGUGUCCCAAGGUGUUGCCAAGGAGACGCCCGACAAGGUACAGCUUGACAAGGAAGAACUGAAGCGUCUGAUUACUGAAGCUAAAGAGAAAUUGGAGGCAGAGGAGGACGAGGAGGAGGAGGAUGGAGGUGGACAAGAAGAAACCUCAGGUGCCAUGGAUGUUGCUGAUGCUGAGGCAGCUAGCUCUACUCCCAAGGAUGAGGACGCUGAUAAGCUAGACAAUGAUGAAUUGGCAGAAUAUGACUUGGAUAACUAUGAUGAGGAAAAUGCAGGUACUGAGGACAUUGGAGAGAUCUUUGCAGGGCUUACAGUAUAUGGAACUAAUGAAAAUGAUCCAUAUAUCACUAUUAAAGAUACUGACCAAUAUGAGAGAGACGACUUUGUGAUUAAGCCAAAUGACAAUCUUGUUGUAUGUGGCAGAGUUGAUAAGGACCACUGCAGUCUAGAAAUUCAUGUUUAUAAUCAUGAAGAAGAUUCCUUUUAUGUCCAUCAUGAUCUUAUUUUAUCUGCAUACCCUUUAAGUGUGGAAUGGAUGAACUUUGAUCCUAAUCCCAAUGAUUCUGCAGGAAAUUAUAUUGCUGUUGGCACAAUGAAUCCUGUUAUUGAAAUAUGGGAUCUUGACAUAGUGGACUCUUUAGAGCCAGUCUUUUCACUAGGAAAUAAGAAGGCAAAAACAAAGAAAAAGAAACAAAAGAAAAAUUUAUCCAGAGAAGAUCAUCAGGGGCAUACUGAUGCAGUGCUUGAUCUUUCGUGGAAUAAACAUCUCAGAUCUGUCUUGGCGAGUGCCUCAGCUGACCAUUCUGUAAUUCUUUGGGACAUGUCCAGGGGCACAAUAGCAGCAAAUCUUUCUCUCCACACAGACAAGGUGCAAACACUGCAGUUUCAUCCUUUUGAAACACAGACUCUCAUUUCUGGUUCUUAUGACAAAUCAACCAUUUUAUAUGACUGCAGAAGUCCACAGAACAACCAUAGAACCUGGAGAUUUAGUGGACAAGUUGAAAGAGUAACUUGGAAUCAUUUUUCACCUCACCACUUCUUAGCUAGCACAGAAGAUGGAUUUGUGUACUGUCUUGAUGCUCGUUCACAUAAACCAGUCUUCACAAUGAAAGCUCAUAAUGAAGAAGUAUCUGGUAAGCCUUUCUUUUCCCAAUCAGGAUUCUAAGCAAAUCCCAUUCUAGUCACA